AUGGCUCCUAAAAGAGAACCUUCCAUUAAGAAGUCUCCUUCACCAGUGUCCCAACCCAGACUGGGUCCCCCUUUCCCCUGCCUCCCUGCAGCUCCGGCAGCUCCAAAACCAGCUCCAGAGCAGAAGCCUAGAAUGCUGCGUCCUUCAGAUUCACCAUUUGACCCCAGUACUUUGGAGAUUGAAUUUAACCUGGAACAGAUUCAUGAGUUUAAGGAGGCAUUCCUGCUGUUCGACAGGACAGGAGAUGGGAAGAUCAGCUUCAGUCAGUGUGGGGAUGUCAUGCGGGCCCUGGGACAGAACCCUGUUAAUGCUGAGGUGCUUAAGGUCCUGGGCAACCCCAAGGCUGAGGAGAUGAAUACCAAGAUGCUAGACUUUGAGCAGUUCCUGCCCAUGUUCCAGGCCAUUGCUAAGAAUAAAGAUCAGGGCUCCAUGGAGGAUUUUGUGGAGGGACUUCGUGUCUUUGACAAGGAGGGCAACGGCACAGUAAUGGGAGCAGAGCUACGUCACGUCCUCACCACGCUAGGUGAGAAAAUGACAGAGGAGGAAGUGGAGACGCUCUUGGCGGGACACGAAGAUGCAAACGGCUGCAUCAAUUAUGAAGAACUGGUCAGGAUGGUCAUGAACGGGUGAAGACGAAGAACAUCCCAGUUUUUUUUUUACGCCGUCACAUGUACCCUCUUUUUGCAGUUAGCCUUCUACAGUCCCCCUCCAGCCUUUUCCAUGGAUUUGUUUUCCUCAUUUAAUUUAAAAAGUGCCUUUACAUUCCCCAAAAAAGACAGUGUAUGACCCUGGUUAUUGUUGCCAGGUCUGCUCACACAUAUGACCAACUUGUAUGCAUUCAGGAGUCUUUGUGCUUGCAUUGUUUGCAAUAACAUUCCAAAAUGCAGCACCUAAUACUUCUUAAAUUUGGAUAAUGAUAUAUUGUAACUAUUGCUACUAGUGUGUCAGUAUUAGAUGGGAAAUUAAAAUAUAUAUAUAUAUAUAUAUAUAUAUAUAUAUAUAUAUAUAUAUAUAUGCAUCGUAACUGUCAGCGACUUACUGUAUCAUUGGCUAAGACUUGUUUAGGCUGAGGAACAUUUUCCUCUGAUAUCACGGUAAACCAGUAUAUUCAAAGCCAUACUAUCAUGAGGUAGAAAGGAACAUUUCAAAUGGGUUCCCAUGUUUUAAUUCACCCUACUUUUGUUGCUGCAUUUAAAUAAAUGUCUUUCCUGAAAACA